AUGAGAAGGGUUGGGAAGUCAACAGGGAGGACCUCUCUCACUGGGUUUGCAGAAAUUAAAGAUGUAAUUACUGUCUGCAAAUGGGUUUCUGAGAAUCUAUCAGCUGACGGGAUUUUAUGGGUCAACCCACGACCACGUGGCCCAAAGCCAAGAUCUACUGAAGGUGAAACUAGUUCAGAAAGUCUUGUUCUAAGUGGUACACAUGACCAUUACGAAGGUGUCAUCGUCCACAUCAACGAAAAUGAUCUCAUGGAUCCUGCCACCUUCCUUUCAUUACUUACCUCUUCGAUUGCCCAUUGGAAGCUUCAGGGGAAAAAGGGUGUUUGGAUCAAGUUGCCUAUAGAACGAGUAAAUCUUGUUGAAGUUGCAGUAAAGGAAAUAUUUUGGUACUAUCAUGCAAAGCCUAUGUAUUCGAUGCUCGUGUAUUGGAUUCCCCAAUCCUCUCACACCCUUCCUUGCAACACCACCCACCGUGUCGGAAUUGGCACUUUCGUCCUCAACCUCAACCACAUCGACAUUACCGAAGGAACUUGGAGCGGCGGAAAGGCACUUUGGGGUAGUGGAGGAUGA